CACUCUAGUUAAAGAAAGAACGUUCCCAGAAGCCGAAUGAAUUCCUCAGAGGCAAUAAGACAUUAACUCAAAAACACAGCGAACGGGAACAACGAAAAGCGAAGGGGGGCAAAUUGGGCGAAGGGAUUUUUGUCUGAGUUUGCGUUCUUGCUCGGACGAUUCUUUGCUGCUGCAAUCUUCUUGGAUUUGAUUUUGAUUUUGAUUUUCAUUUUGAUUCAUUGAAGCCAUCUCAUUUUCUUUUGCCGCAUCGGUUAACAGAUAGCGACGAGUUUUGGUGGUGAAUCUGAUUCCUUCUUUUUUGCUUGGAUCUUGAAAGAUCUAUAAAAUUCCGUCUUCCACUCCAGAACGUCGUAUUGAGCUUGGUCUCUUUUGGAUCUUCUCUCCUGCCCCGAGGGGACGGGGGAGGGGGGAGGAAGGGGUGCAUCUUUCACAGAUUUCGUUUUACUGUUGGGAUUUGUUCGAAUGAGGAUCUCGUUCCGAUCAUUUGUUUGCUUACACGAUGAAGUGAUCAUCUGUUGCUGUGAAUCUGGCGAAAUGGAUCUGUAGGUGUAGUUUUCGGCUGUAUCCUUUUGUCUGUGGUUCCGUUUCGGUCACGGGGCUUUGUUUCUUUGAGAACGAUGUCUAGGAUUGAGGCUUCUUCUAUCUAUUGAUGAUUAUUCGGGAGUUUAGACUCUGGUUCUUUUCAACCAGCAUUCUGUUUUGAGUUGGGCGCCUUCUCGGGAGGGAUUUCAUUCUCUUCCUUGGCCAUUUCAGUCUUUGGCUGCAAACACGUCCUCCUUUUCUUUCAUUUUUAAUGUCACGGAAGUUGGACAGUCCAGUUCAAACUCAAAUGGCAGUUGCAGCACUCAAGAGCCCACUCAGCAGGGAUUACCACUCGAAAAAUGGAAGAGAUGAAAAACAGCCUGUUGGAAGGAGACAAGUUUUUGUGCAAACUGAUACGGGAUGUGUCCUGGGAAUGGAAUUAGAUCGUAAUGACAAUGCUCAUACGGUGAAAAGGAGGUUGCAGCUUGCUCUCAAUAUUCCCACAGAGGAGAGCUCGCUGACAUUUGGGGAUGUGAUACUAAAGAAUGAUCUUAGUGCCAUUCGAAAUGAUUCUCCCCUUCUGCUCACGAGAAAUCUCUUGCACAGAAGCUCAUCUACUCCAUGUCUCUCACCCACUGGGAAAGAUCUCCGGCUUAGAGACCAGAGUGGACCUAUUGAGAUAUUGGGGCAUUCAGAUCGUUUUUCUGGCACAAAACGGUUGGUCAAAGAGAUUGUGAAAGCUAUCAAGUUGGGUAUUGAUCCGAUUCCUGUUCACAGUGGGCUUGGAGGUGCAUACUAUUUUAGGAAUGGGAAAGGUGAAAGUGUGGCAAUUGUGAAGCCAACUGAUGAAGAGCCUUUUGCUCCAAAUAAUCCAAAAGGUUUUGUUGGAAAAGCUCUUGGACAACCUGGUUUUAAACGUUCUGUGCGCGUUGGUGAGACUGGAUUCAGAGAGGUUGCCGCUUAUCUUCUUGACUAUGAGCAUUUUGCAAACGUGCCUCCGACAGCCUUGGUGAAGAUCACUCACUCAAUCUUCAAUGUGAAUGAUUGGGUGAAUGGUAACAAGCCUCAGGCUCACAAGAAGAAGUCAGUUAGUAAAAUUGCUUCCUUCCAGCAAUUCAUUCCACAUGAUUUUGAUGCCAGUGAUCAUGGGACUUCUAGCUUCCCCGUCGCUGCAGUUCAUCGUAUAGGUAUUCUAGAUAUUAGGAUUUUUAAUACGGAUAGGCAUGCUGGGAAUCUCUUAGUUCGGAAACUUGAUGGAAUAGGAAGGUUUGGACAAGUGGAGCUUAUUCCUAUAGAUCACGGUCUUUGUUUGCCGGAGACAUUAGAGGAUCCAUACUUUGAGUGGAUUCAUUGGCCACAAGCAUCAAUCCCAUUUUCAGAUGAUGAGCUCAAGUAUAUUGAAAAUCUUGAUCCAAUCAAAGACUGCGAGAUGCUUAGGAUGGAGCUACCCAUGAUUCGUGAAGCUUGCCUUCGGGUUUUGGUACUGUGUACAAUUUUUCUGAAGGAAGCUGCUGCUUCUGGUCUCUGUCUUGCUGAAAUUGGUGAGAUGAUGAGCAGAGAAUUUCGUAGUGGAGAGGAGGAACCCAGUGAACUUGAGUUAGUAUGUCUUGAGGCUAGGCAGAUCAUAGCUGAAAGGGAGUUCUCUUCUCCCACUUCUGAUUGGAGCAAUGAGGAAUUCCAGUUUGAUUUAGACUGUGAGGAUGGAGAAUUAGAUUAUAGCUCAGGUAUGGCGGCGGAUCAGUGUUUAGGCUGGUCACAUUACCAGUUUGGUGGACUUGGAAGCCUGCAUGGACGCAAUCCACUCUCAAAAUUGGAGGAAAGCAUCGAAGAGGAGGGCGAAGAUAGUGGAGGGGAGGAGCAAGGAGAAACAGCUGCCUUUCUUCCUUCUGAACCCAUUUCUGUCGUGUCAAAGCUUUCUAUGUCUCUCAAGAAUACCAUACUGGGUGAUAAGAAUCAGAAAAACCAAAAGUACCAGGUCACAAAGCCUGAAUAUGGAUAUAUUACCAACACAUCUGCAGGGCACAGGAGUGCAAAUGAGCAGUUUCCUCCAAGUGUCAGCUUUGUUAAGCUCGGGGAUAUGAAUGAGGAAGAGUGGUCACUUUUUCUGGAUAAAUUCCCCGAGCUGCUCCGCCCAGCAUUUGCCAAACGCAAAUCUGCGGUGCUCGGGCAGAGGCAGAGGCAGAGACUUGGUACUUCUUGCCAGUUUUGAGAUGAUGAGGUUCAAUUCAGUGUGUUGCUGUGAUAGAGCAUUAUAGAUAUUAUAUAAUAGCAUUAGAAUUAUGGAAGUGAUCGACGACUCAGUAUUAGGAUUGGCUUUGCAUUGUGGCUUUUAAUCCCUCGAGAUAAUAGGGCUCAUAGUUGGAGCUCAGUUUGAGGAACUUGCUGUAUAUAUUCUUCUCAUCAGCUAAGUGAGACCAGCUGAGUAGAAUUGUUUGUAUUCCUUGGUAUUUCCCUACCCUUCUUCUUCUUCUUCCCCUUUGACUUGUGAAACUUGUUUCAUAAAUAAAUUGUAUGCAACUUAAAACCCUGAAAAAAGAGGUGCAAUGUAAAUAGGGUACUUUAUGUUCUGUACCUGCUUUAACUUUA